GCCAACGAUGCAAUUCCUCGUUUUACGGAUGAACCCUGGGCACAGGCACCUCUUGAGUGCCACGGUCACCUCGGAGAGGCAGUACCAUCCUCGUCUUCUCUGAUAAUUUGCGAUAAGCUUCAGUUGACAACACCAAAACGACCCAAGGUACCCGGUGAAGACCGGACUCAGGGCUUUAUGUUUACCGAAGAGAGGCUGAAGAGGAAGCGGGAGCCAUGGGUUUCUCCUUCAGCCUUCGAUGAACUGAACUAAUCUGGACCCACACGACUCAGUCAACCAGUCCCUGUCUGCAGUGGGGGCUCCGCACUCUCCUGCUAUGGCAGGCUUCAAGCGGGGCUAUGAUGGCAAGAUUGCUGGCCUGUAUGAUCUUGACAAGACGCUUGGCCGUGGCCACUUUGCUGUGGUCAAGUUGGCACGCCAUGUCUUCACUGGGGAGAAAGUGGCAGUGAAGGUGAUUGACAAGACUAAGCUGGACACCGUGGCCACAGGUCACCUCUUCCAGGAAGUCCGCUGCAUGAAGUUGGUCCAACAUCCCAACAUUGUGCGCCUGUAUGAAGUUAUAGACACUCAGACCAAACUUUACCUCAUCUUAGAGCUAGGUGAUGGAGGGGAUAUGUUCGACUACAUCAUGAAACAUGAGGAGGGUCUGAAUGAAGAGCUGGCUAAGAAAUAUUUUGCCCAGAUUGUCCAUGCCAUCUCCUACUGCCAUCGGCUGCACGUGGUGCACAGAGACCUCAAGCCGGAGAAUGUGGUGUUCUUCGAGAAGCAAGGGCUGGUCAAGCUCACUGACUUUGGAUUCAGUAACAAGUUUCAGCCGGGGAAAAAGCUGACAACCAGUUGUGGAUCUCUGGCAUACUCGGCUCCAGAAAUACUUUUGGGUGAUGAGUAUGAUGCCCCAGCCGUAGAUAUCUGGAGUCUGGGCGUGAUACUGUUCAUGUUGGUAUGUGGCCAGCCGCCCUUCCAAGAAGCUAACGACAGCGAGACCCUCACCAUGAUCAUGGACUGUAAAUACACUGUACCGGCCCACGUCUCUAACGCCUGCAAAGAUCUGAUAGAUCGUAUGCUUCAGAGGGACCCCAAGAGGCGAGCAUCCCUGGAGGAAAUUGAGACCCACACCUGGCUGCAGGGUGUUGACCCAUCCCCAGCUACCAAAUACAACACUCCCCUGGUGUCCCACAAGAACCUGUCUGAGGAGGAACACAACAGCAUCAUCCAGCGCAUGGUACUGGGAGACAUCGCUGAUCGAGAAGCCAUAGUUGAAGCCCUGGAGACCAAUAAAUACAACCACAUCACAGCCACAUACUACCUGCUAGCAGAGAGGAUCCUGAGGGAGAAGCAGGAGAAGGAGGUCCAGACCCGCUCGUCCAGCCCCAGCAACAUCAAGGCACACUUCAGGCAGUCCUGGCCCACCAGAGUAGACAUGCACCAGGACAUCGAGGACAGCUUGGCAGCGUCCUCCAUCUCCCACGCCGGAGGCCCCCAGUCGCCGGCCCGCAGCGCUGAGAACUUGCUCAAUGGACAUCGCUCCAAGGGCAUGAUGGAGCUGGGCCGGCGAGAGGAGACGGUGACGGAUUCUUCAGGACUGGGAGCACAGGGAGCCUGUGCUGCCGCCUCAGGCCCUGCUCUUGGCUCUGGAUCUGGGACUAUCAGGGCCCCCAGUCCCUCCACCUCAGCAGCAGCCAAGCAGCGAACCUGCCUGUUCAGGGUGGAGGAAGAUGAGGAGGAGGAGGAAGAGCAGGACCCGUCUCCCCUCCCGACCCAGGUCAUCCUGCGCCGCAAGCCCCCCUCGGUCACCAACCGCCUCACCUCCAGGAAGAGCGCCCCGGUUCUCAACCAGAUCUUUGAGGAGGAAGGGGAAUCCGACGACGACUUCGACAUGGACGAGGGUCUGCCGCCCAAACUCAGCCGUCUAAAGAUGAACAUGGCCGGGAACGCCACCAGCCUGAGCUCCGGGGCCAGCUCCUCCUCGUCCCCGGGGUCCACGCAGAAGCGUUACCACCGACGCAAGAGCCAGGGGAGGGGGUCGUCGUGUUCCAGCUCUGAGACGAGCGACGACGACUCAGAGAGCCACCGGAGACGCCUGGACAAAGACUCAGGCUUCGGUUACGGCUGGAACAGAAGGGACAGCAGCGAGGGCCCUCCUGGCAGCUCGGGGGGGAACGGGGGAGGCAGCAGCUCAGGGCAAGGGAAGCCUCCCGGAGAGGGAGGGGGCACCUCUGGUCCAGACCGGGGCAGUCCUCCCGGAGGGGGUGGGAAUGGAGGUGGAGGGGGAGGCGAUGGUGGAGGAGGGAGCGGGGGAGGAGGAGGGGGUAAUAAAGGACAAGACAGCCCCUCCAGUUGUUGCAACAACAGUAGCACUACUAACCCCUCCCUCAGCUCCCUGUCCCGGUCCUCCCGCACCGCGAGCCGCAGCGCUGAGCUGGUGGAGAGUCUGAAGCUGAUGAGCCUGUGCCUCAGCUCCCAGCUGCAGCACCACCGCGGAGGGCGGGGGGGUCGAGGUGGCGGAGGUGGUGGAGGAGGCGGUGGCGGGGGGAAGUUGAUCAUAGACCCUCGCAGUCUCUCAGGAGGGAACGUGAAAAUCCAGGAGAAGUCAGCCUGGAGGAUGUGCAUCGGCUCCACGGGGAGCCUGGACACCAUCACCCUGCCCACCACCGCCGCCCUGCCUCGCACCCACUCCGCCCAGCAGCAGCAGCAGCACCACCACCACCACCAUCAUCACCACCACCGCAAAACAGCGCCGCACGACCCCCACGGCCUGCAGGCGGGGCCGGGCGACAGGAACACUCACAGCAACCUGAGCGCUUUGAAAAACGGCGUGCUUCAACUACCUCUGUGUGAGAAGACCAUCUCCGUUAACAUCCAGCGCGGCGGAGGCUCCAGGGAUGGUCUGCUCUGUACCUCAGCUCCAGCCAGCUGCUGCCAGGUCAUCUGAGGCCCCCCCCCCCCCCCCCCCCCAGCUGAGAACCAAGCUCCACCCUGCUCUGUCACCUCCUCUUUUCUGACCUCGUCACCUCCUCCAGAUCCUUAAUUGAACACACACGACUCCACCUUUUGAACGUCCUGUCUUGUGUUUAGCUGUAGCAGAUAGCUGACCUCACAUCAGAUCCCCUGACCUUCAGCUCACCUGCCUUCUGCUGUCGUCUCUAAGCCUCGUGUCGCCUCCUCACUGUCAGUGUGUGUGUUCUGUGCUCUGCUUGUGUUGUUCUGUCUGAGGUUCAUGUUGUUUAGAGUUGCUUUUAACAUUUCCAAGUGUGUUUUCAGGUUUUGGUUCGAUCCUUGUUGAACAGUUUUAAUGAAUGUGCUGCUUUUAGAAUAACGACAGUGUGGGAGGUUGGAUUGGACGGUGUCUACAUUCACGAUGUUAAACUCCAGCAUCCAAGAAUCAGAAUGGGAAUUUAGUUGUAGUUUUACCCCAAAAACAUAAUUAUCACAAGGAAAGUUUUAACUGAUUUGAGAAAAAGUCCAAAUAUUAUGAAAACACAGACAUUUUGGACAUUUUGAGAUGAAGUGAUGACUUAAUGACAAACAAGUCACAACUUAUUCAUGAUAAUAAUCUGUUACACUGGCCUGAAGUUGUGGUGUGGGGGGUGGGGGGGGGUUAGAACACAAGUGUGUUCAUGUGUUGAUGGACAUCUGCGAGGUCCCGCCCCCUCACCCAGGUCUCCUCUGAUUGGCUAGAAGGCUGAGUCAGGCUCACUGAAGCUUCUGACAGCUCGUCCACACGCUGGCACACGAUUUCAAACAUAUUUCAUUAAAAAAAAAACAAAACAAACUACAGACUGUGGCUUUAGUUAAAUCACUCUGAAGAUUACAUCCUCAGACAUAUUUACAAAAGUGCAACUUUUCUCCUCAACUUCUGACAUAAAAUCAGAUGAGUAAAUGAAGAAGACACCAGUCGUUAUCUUAAAGAAUGACUCCUCACUUUCCUCAGACUUUUUCUCUUUCACAGUUUUGACUUUUAUUCACUGACUCAUUAUUCACUUCAUUCAUUUAGAGCUUCCUCCUCUGAGUGUCUGACCCGUGUAGUGAAGCAGGCAGCUGAGAGGAGGGUCUCCAUGCUCACAGAGCACACUAACACUCCUCUGAACAACACGCCUCCCUCCCCUCCCCUCCCCUCCCCCCUUUCCCUCACCUCUAACCUCAGUGUUUGGCAGAGUGAGAUCGGUGACCAGACCACAGCUGGAUUCAGGUUUCUCUGAUGAAGGGGAAGGGGAGAGGUUUUCAUGUGAGUGACCCAUGACCCCAGUCUGGACUCCACAUUAUUGCACUCAGACAAUCUGUUUUAUGUUUAUGUGUUUGUUUGUUUUUUUUUAAAUUCCUUUUACAUGGAUGAUUUUAGCUCCAUUCAUCGGUCACAGCCCUUUAAAUCUGGUCGAGCUGUUUUCAUUUGGACACAGUUUAGCUUUUUACAUUGGGAAGAAAAAAAAAAAGCUGUGACUGUGCAGACUGUGUUCGCUCCUGUGUGGCAGCAAACAGCUGAUUCCUCUGCUACUGUAGCAUCAAUGCUCACCUCCUCCGCCAUGUUUGGAAAUGUUACUGCUGUCUUUCUAUUUAAAGCUGAGGUAUUAUUAUUAUUAUUUUUUUUUAACUCUUUGCGUUGCUGUAGUUGCUGAUGCAGAAUAUUUGUCGUGUCUGACUGUGGAAACACAAACACACUACAAAUAAAUCCCAGUAGUUUGUCCCGGUUUGACCAGUUUGGUCCCACCUGCGCUCACAUGCCACACAGGAGUGCGGGUUGCAGCGUGCGGGACUCGUUGUUGAGUAUGUAUAUAUAUAUACGCUAUGUUUAAAAGUAAAGUUUAUUUUUAAAACGUGUACAUUUUUUUUUUUUUUUUUUGGAGCAAUCUGCUGUUUUCAAAAAUGUUAUAACGUUGGCUCGUGUGGAGUCUCAGUGGGCUGAAAUGAGCGCGUGCAGCAGGUCGAUGAGCGGGAGCUCACCUGUGCAGGAGGAGGAAAAAAAAAAAGCUCAUGACUCACAGCUUUAAAGGAGUUGACCAAGGAGAUGAACAAAUGAAAGAGAGAUAAAGGGGGGAAACGGGGAGAUUCUUUAAGGGCAUUGGCAAUAAGCUAUACUGUGUGUUGCAGCUAUCUGUACAGAAACGUUUUUCACUAGUUCCGUUUUCUUUUUUAAAAUCCAAACAUUGGACUGAAAAGGAAAAAAAAAAAGGAAAAGCUGUGUUUAAAAUAUUUUUUUCCCCCUCUUUGGUUCUUGUUUUUUUUUUUUUUUUUUUUUUUGGAAAACUGUAUGUACAUAGAGUUGUAAAUACGGUGCUCUUUCUCUUUAUCUAGAACAGCGGAGUGAACCUCAUGGUGCAUAGCUGUACAGUCAUCUAGCCUUAUGAUAAUUAGUAAAACUGUAUGAGUGUCUCAGCUAAAAAAAAAAAAAAAAAAAAAAAAGAAAGAAAGAAAGAAAUAAAACUAAAAAUAAAGCCGCGUGAGGAAAAACAACCCGAUUCUAUUCAUACUGUCAGGUCUUUGACUGUCGUCUUACUCAGCUGUAUCCAGGUGAAUGACGUGCAUGUGUUUCAAUGUUUGACAUUCAGUGACCCUGAGAGGAGGAAGAAUCAGCUGCAGGAAUGUUACUGGACCAAAAAAAAAAAAAAAAGCAACAGAAGAAGAAGAAGAGGAAAAAAAAAAGAAAAGAAAAAAAGAGUCAAUGAGUUGGAGCGGACAGGAAUAUUCAGUGUAUUAUUCUGUUGUUGAUACCUGUUGUCAGACGUUACAUAUAGCUAUGGUAAUAAUC